CCAAGAGCGGUCGGGAUGACGAGCAGCGCCAGGUACAAGAGCCGGACGGUGAAAUCAGCAGAGGAUGGAGAGGAAAAAGAGUAUGUCGGCUUCGCCACCCUCCCAAACCAGGUUCACAGGAAGUCGGUCAAAAAAGGUUUUGAUUUCACACUCAUGGUGGCAGGGGAGUCUGGUCUUGGAAAGUCCACCCUGAUCAACAGCUUGUUCCUCACAGAUCUGUACAAGGACAGGAAACUACUGAAUGCUGAAGAGCGCAUUAAUCAGACUGUGGAGAUCAUCAAACACACCGUUGACAUUGAGGAGAAGGGCGUCAAGCUGAAACUGACCAUUGUAGACACACCAGGUUUUGGAGACGCUGUCAAUAAUACGGAGAGCUGGAAGGCCAUUACUGACUAUAUUGACCAGCAGUUUGAACAGUAUUUUCGGGAUGAAAGCGGCUUGAACAGGAAGAACAUCCAGGAUAAUCGUGUCCACUGCUGCUUGUACUUCAUCCCUCCAUUUGGCCAUGGGCUGCGGCCUGUGGACGUGGAGUUUAUGAAGGCACUGCAGGACAAGGUGAACGUGGUUCCACUAAUUUCCAAGGCUGACUGUCUGACGCCAGCGGAGAUGAGGAAGAUGAAGGACAGGGUGAGGGAGGAGAUCGAGAAGUUCGGAAUCAAAGUGUACCAGUUCCCAGACUGUGAUUCUGAUGAGGACGAGGAGUUCAAGCAACAGGACCGAGAGCUGAAGGAGAGCACUCCAUUUGCUGUGAUUGGAAGCAACACGAUAGUGGAGGUCAAAGGUCAGCGGGUGCGAGGGAGACUUUACCCAUGGGGCAUUGUGGAAGUGGAGAAUCAGUCCCAUUGUGAUUUCGUCAAGCUGAGGACCAUGUUGAUUCGCUCACACAUGCACGACCUGAAAGACAUCACGUGUGACGUGCACUAUGAAAACUACAGGGCGCAGUGCAUACAGCAAAUGACAAGCAAACUGACCCAGGAUAAUCGCGUGGAGAGUCCCAUCCCGAUACUACCACUGUCCACCCCUGACGUAGAGACAGAAAAGCUGAUAAAGAUGAAGGAUGAAGAGUUGCGGAGGAUGCAGGAGAUGCUUCAAAAAAUGCAACAACAGAUGCAUGAACAGGACCUGUGAAUGCCGCCCUCCACAGAAAUGGCUGUUUAUACUUCUGCUUGUCUGCAAGCAGAGACAUAACACUUUAACAUCACACUGAAGGAUAUGCAGUAGUGAAAGAAAUAAACAAAUGUAUGUUUUUGUAAGUUAAAACAAAACACACAGAUAUGAAUGCAUGUGUCUAGCACUACGGUUAACAGGGUUCUGAGCCUGAUAUUUAAAACCAGGCUCCAAGUUGAAAUAUUUAGUAACGCUAAAAGAUUUAGUGAUUGGUUAGUUUUCACAUUUUGUACAGUCCAUGUGAAGCUGUAUGACUGUUUCCAUGGCAAAGACUGCUUUAUUGACAGUAGACAUGGCAAAUGUUCUGGCUUGUUUUUUUUGUGACCUGUUUUUAUCCCUUUUUUUUUUUUUUAAAUAUUUUUUAGCAAUUGGUGUGUGUGUGUGUGAGUGUGCGCCUGUGCCGAUAUGCUUAAAACAAGAGCACUGAGUGGAAAACUAACUAUUUGAGUGAAUUUCUACUUUUGAAGCAGCUAUACCAACAAAGUCAUUCAAUUUUGAACGAGGUUUACACAGUUAAGAAGUAUCAACAUUUGCAGUUAUUAGCAAACGCUUUAACCGGUAGUAUUAAACCUUAAUUUUUUUUUUCAUUGUUUAUUAAUUUACUUUUCUCUGAAGGCCUUAUCAGGGCACCCUUCAGUUGUUGUACGAUUGCUGUAUGAAUUUUCCCAGAUCAAACAUUUUGUGUAUUUUAUUUUAUCGAUUGCACAUAAAAACUUGAUUCUUUUUAUCAAUUUUAUAGAAUUCAGGUUAUAAUAUGCCACUUGAGACUUUAGAUUCAGCCCUAAAACACCAAAAUUUUCAUAAUAUUAAGAAUAAAAAUAGAUAUCAGACAAUCUUUAUCAGCAAAAAGGCUCUGACAUAUUUUAUAUCAGCUGUUGUUGGUUUUAUGCAUUGAGAUAUUGAUUUGUAUGGCCUGUAUGUGUUUACUCAAGCUAUUCCUAUGAGCAUGAUAAAUGCACCAUCUGUCAUAUAUCAUGAUUCCUUAGAAAAAUAAACAUCCUCUGUGGUAGA